AAACGCAGCCAAGAUUCCAAGGGAUUCGAUUGCAAACACACAGCUACCGUCCUCUCCUUAAGGCUCCCUGGAGUUCAACACAGAGAAGACGAGCAAGUGCGGCUAUCCUUUUUCACUGCCAAGGACGAGUGAAACCGCAUUGAAGCCAUUCGAGUCUAAACCUUUUGUCCGCCAGGGCUGACAUGGACGCCAUGGAUGUCGAUGAUGGCUCUACUAGCCGUAAUGACGGAAACGAAGCUGAGACGGAGGGCACGGCGAAGCUGCGGCGUUCAACUCGUACAAGGUCUGCUCGAUCAGAUAUUUCCGCUGGGGCAGAAAACAUGUCCCAAGAAACACCCAAGGCAAGAAAAGUGGCGAGCGUCAAGCGCACGCCCCAGAACAAAGCUGACGACCAGAUCUUAAACCGAGAAAGCGAAGAGCCUGAUGAUGCAGAAGAGAACGUGGAACAGGAGGAAGGUGAUGAUGAAUCCGGAGGAAGCGAUGGCUCAGACGAUGAUGAUGAAACAUUUGGAAGAAGGCGAGGCAAGCCUCAGAGCGCAAAGAGUACACCCUCAAGACAGGCUACUAGGGGAGCAAGAGGACGCGGUAAAAACGUCACUGGAACCUCCGCUGCCCAAAAGAAACGGAAAAUAACGAAAGAUGCUGACGUCGAAGAAGGGUCGAUGUUCGAUAUCGUAAUGAAUCAUGCAAACGCCAUGGAAGGCCAGAUCUCUGAUUGGGUGGCUGAGUAUAAUGAGGAUAAAGUGCAUGCUCUGAUGGAUCUGGUCAAUUUUCUCAUUCAGUCUACCGGCUGUCCCGGGCGCAUUGAAGCGUCCGUAUUUGAAGACCAAGACAAUAUCACUGAUCAAUUGGAAGAACUCCAAAAGCAAUUUGAUGCGCAAACACAUCAAGAUUACCCUAUCAUAGCAAAGAGCCGGGGUCGAGGAGCAAACAAAUUCCGAAAGAAUUUUACUGACUUCUGGUCAAAAUGGAUGGCGCGCAUCCGACACAAUAUCUUAUUCGAUGACAACGGCUGGUGUCUUGAAGCGCUGGUCGUUUGGCUAGUCGCGAUGAGCUCUUCUGUCUUCCGUCCAUUUCGUCACACGGCGACUACUGUCGCCUUGGUGCUCCUCACAGGACUGUGUGAUAUUGCUAAGCAAGUCCAUAAUGAAUGGACGACGGCUAACCGACAGCUGAGUACAGAACAAAAAAAGAGUUCUUCUGGGCGUAAAAACCAGAAAGUGCAACAGUUGGAACAGCGAGUUGAGGCGCUUCAUGAUAAAAAGGUCAAACUGGAGACACAAAUGAAUGAUUUGUUCGACAGCGUGUUUGUACAUCGGUAUCGAGAUAGCGAUCCCGUUAUCCGAACGGAAUGCAUUCGAGAGCUUGGUCUGUGGAUAAUGAGAUUCCCAGAUAUGUACCUUGAUCCCCAAUACCUUCGCUAUCUGGGAUGGAUGUUGUCCGAUAAGAGUCCUACGGUACGUUUGGAGGCUCUUCGGUCGUUAUGUCGGUUAUAUGCUGUGGAGGCAAUGGCAUCAGGGCUGCGAGCUUUUACAGAGCGAUUUCGCCCGCGUAUGUUGGAAAUGGCACUCCGCGAGAAGGAAGUGGCCGUGCGAAUUGAGGCAAUUACAGCAGUGACACUCGUGGCAUCCGCUGGACUAUUGGAAGAUGACGAUCGUAAUUCUGUCUUGCCUCUCAUAUUCGACGAAGAUGCGAAAGUGCGGGGUUUACUCUCUAAAUUGGCCGAAGAUGUUUGGAAAGAAGAAUAUGUUGAACCGAAGAAGGAUGAACUAAAGUCAGGUCGAAUACGUCCCAAUGUGACAGAAGCUCAAAAUGGUUGGGCGGAAAUCAAGGCCCUUUGUCAAAUGCUGGUUCAUCUUGCAAAAACUCUCGACGAGCAAACCCGUAAGCGUGAUGCCGAGCGACGUGCAAAGCUUGCGACGGCGGCGCAAGAUCAAGGUCAGAGCGAAGCCCAGACUCUAGGGGAAACUCAAACUCAGUCACUCUUCACUGCGGAAUCUCAGAAUGCGAUGGAUCUUGAUGAAGAUAUAGACGAUGAAGAUGUUUCCGACGAGGCUCGAGACAAACAACAGCGAAGACGAUGUGACCGGUUAGAGCUCUUUCAGUGGCUUUCCAAGGACGAGAAGCCCGUGGAGAGUGUCAUUGGAUUUGGAACAGUAGAAGCAGCGGUUUCCGCGCUGUGGGGUCAUAUCAGCGUCUUGAAAGAUUGGCAGACCAUGUGCAACUAUCUCGCACAUGAUUUUACUGACGAAAACGAAGGGGCGUCGCAAGCGGUUUCCGCUGCCAACAGCUACAAUCCGAUUCGUCUCACAGAUGAGGAAGAAACUUGUCUUCUCUAUGUUGUGAAUGCGGUCUUAGCACGCAUUAUUUCUGAUGCACACAGUGCCGCAGAUCAUUCGAAGAAGAAGGGCACAGCGAAGCUAGAGGAUGUGCGGAUGGAGGUCAGCCGUGGUUUGAUAACCCAUUUGCCCAAAUUAUUGAAAAAAUAUGGUGGAGAAUACACCGGAGCGGGCCAGAGACGUGUAGUCGAAGUCGUGAUGAUGGUCAGACAUAUCGACAUUCGGAUAUACCUCGACAUGCGGAUGUUAAAGGCUUACGACUCACUGUUUGAUGAUUUGAGGAAAGCGUUCCUCAAGCAUUCUAGCGAGGACAUUCUAUCGGAAUGCGCUCAAACAUUUCGCUACUUGAUGGGUAGGGAGAAGGUCGAGCCCAGCGUGUCGGCGUCCGGCCGCCAACAGCGGGCUACAAAUUCCAACGCGGUGGAAGCAGAUGACGCUUCAGUGGCAAGUUUGCACAUCACCACGAAGCAGAAGGUCGAAGAGCUCGUGGAGGAGGUGAUCGGCACCCAGGUCGCUACCAAACUGAGAGACAUAGAGGAGAGCAUCAAGAACGGUGUUGAUGUCAAUUUGGACACCUUAUAUGCGCUCCGUAAUGCAUUGCGGAGGCUUGGGCAGCUUUGGAAUAUGUUGGAUUUGGGUGGAUUGGGUGCGAUAAUCAAGGCUGAUGAUUUGCGGUGGAACGGGCUUUUCGAGCUGCUGAAUGGCGUUUUGAACGCAAGCUUGACGAUUGUGACCAAUAGGGCAGAAACCCUUCGCGCUAAUGAAUCAGAUCCCAACGGAAGCUUACCCUCGGAUGAAGCUGCGAAUGCUUUGGAUGAUAUUAUUCAAACAGCGUUGCAUGUAAUGUGUCUCGAUGUGGCGUGGGAACUCAGGAAGGCUUUCACCACCGCCAUCGAAUCCACCGCAGAGUCAGAAGUGAUCGAUAAUCACGAGGCCGUUCCUACCGAACCUGUAAAUAUAUCACCGGAACAAGCGGAAACAUUCUUGAAAGUGUUCAAAGAAAAAUGCGAUCGUCUUAUGCCGAUUGCGGAAGCCAUCAUAGUCGAAAACGAGCGGGAAUGGAUUCAGUUUCGAAUUGGGAUCAAACUGAGCGCGUUCAAAGUUUUGACCUACAUGUACUUAAUGCUGAAUGGAGAUGCGGCUGUCGUGUUCCCUGAGGUCGCGCGGCAUCCUCCAGAAGAUGUGCAGGACGGAUCUGUGGAUGUGCUCGUGAGAGUUGUUGAUGCUUUAUCCCUCGAUAUUGCUACCGACCGGAAAAAAGCCGGCGAUGACGAUAUCCGUACACUGAAUGCGGAUCAAACGGAGGUAGCACGUCACGAAGUCGCUAAGUUGAUAGCCGAUCUUGGACGACUGAUAGUGCAUGGGCUUUACGACGGAAAGUAUUCCGUGAUGCUUUUGAAGUAUGUGGGGGUGGGUGAUGACGAGCGCUACAUCCACGCCGUCGAAAAUGGAAAGAUUUUCGUUUCAAUGUUUGGAACCAUUUGGGAUGGGUUAGCGGAGGAAUGCGUAAAAGAUGUUAUUGGAAUGCGAAUCAAGGUUGCUGCCGAGGAGGUCAUCGACGAAGAGAGUGAUGAACCUAUGCAAAAUCGAUUGAAAUUGUUCAAGAGGGUCACUAUAAAGGCUGCUGAGGUGGUGUUUGAGGGGCUGAAGCAGUCUUGCGAUAUUUAUUUCCGCUCCCACGUAUCUGGCAUCGAUGCCGCUCUAAGUUUAGCAAAGAUUCUUAUUGACAUCCUUAAAGCCUGGCCCGAUAUCGUUCAAACUUCGCCGAAGCUUCGAGUAGUGCAUGGUCUCGUUGUCGAGACGCUACUUGACUUGCUGAAACGCGGGGGGGACGAAAUGGUUCGGCGGGUAGAGGAAUGGGCUGUCAUUCAUGGCGGCAGUGUGGGCGACGACGAGCUGCUGCUUCUUCGACCUCGGGACGUUCGUAAGACACUACAUGAAAUCAAUGAAGGUUGGAGAGUUUGGGGUGCUGUUGGAGGCACUGUUCAGCAGAUUGUGCACGAGCUUGGAACUUUGAAGCGGGGAAAUGAUAUGAAUGGAGACGAUGAGAUUAUUGAAAGCGUUGAGGACGUGGUGGAACACAUUUCUCAGCAGUUGCGUGCCAAAGGAUUCAAGCCAGGCGAGUCGGAUAAAGAUUGGCAAGGUUACUGGGGUUUCGUCAAAGCCCUAGAGAAGGGUGACUCGUCGACGAAACGACGAGGUCGCAAGGCAAAGGCAGUUGUUAGUCGCGAGGGAACCCCCGAGACUGCAACAGCUAAGCCUAGGCAAAAGCGUGCGUCAAAAGCCCACAAAGGUGACGAAUUAGACAAAGACUCGGAUGCGACGCCUAAAGCUAAAAAGGCGCCUCGUGGUCGACGCAAGAAAGCCAGGGAAGAUGACGGUGAAGAAGACGAAGAAGAGGCGGUUACAGCUGCUCCUAGGCGCCGGUCGACUAGAGCUUCCACUAGUGCCAGGAAGACAUCCUACAGGGAGAUUGAUGAAGAGGAAGACGAAGAAGGUGUGAUACAAGAUGAUCAGGAAGAGGAGUUCGACGAAGCAGAAGAAGCCGACGUGCCGUUGAUGACAACACCCGCUAAGGCGCCUGCUAAAGACGUGAAUGCCACACCGCGAACAACUCCCAAAGCCACCUACAAGAAACGCCAUACCCGUACGUCGGCUGGCAGCACGCGUAGCUCACGCGCAAAUACUCCAGAGGAAGAAGACCAAGUGACUCCGAAAGCCAAACCACCACCCCGAAAUCUCAAGAAGCCCAUUCAGGGCUUGAGUAACGAGGAGGAAGAUCGCUCCUCCCCUGAGCUACCACAGGCCAUCGAGGGACGACAGACGCGGGGCCAAAAACGUGGACGGGUCGAACCGCCGCGAACACCUGCCCGUAAUCAAAAGCGUGUGCAAAGAUCUAGCGCUGAUUCCGAGGGUCAAGUGCAAGAUGAAACAAACAAAGAAAACGAAGGUGCGAUUGAGUCUUUGCAAGAGAGAGCCAUGAGUGAUGAUGGGUUUGUGAGUUCGCCUGAGAUAUUGGCGAAGAAGAGAGUUCGGGUUGCAUAAACCUGCCAUAUUAUAUAAAUGUGGACGUUAUAUUGCGCGUCUGUCUUUUUUUCACAAUUACGAAAUUGGGUAACAUUUUGAAGGGCUGAGGUUGAUGCUAUCGCAAUGUGACUUUCUGUUUUUUGAUAGUGUAGACACGCCAUUUGUUGUUUUGCUGUUUUUUGUUUUUGUUUUUUGCUGUAUUUAAUUCUUUUUACAAAGGAAGAGAAAUGAAUGUAUAUGGGGUACUAUCACACGCCA